AAAUCAUAUCCUUAGGUGGAAUUAAUAAUCAUGAGUCUCUUUCCCCUUGCAAUCUUUGUAAGCCUAUUGCUCAAACAAGUGAGCCUAGCUCUUGGAGAUGUUGGUACUGCUGUUUCUUAUGGAACCCCAUAUAUACCUACUGCUUGUGAUGGAAAUAGAAGAGAUCAGUUUCCUCCGGGAAAUCUUUUUGUGGCUGUGAAUGAAGGGUUGUGGGAUAACGGGGCAGCAUGUGGAAGGCGAUACAGAAUAAGGUGUGUGAGUGGAAACAAUAAGCCAUGCAAAAGUGGUAGUAUUGACGUUAAAGUGGUUGAUUUCUGUCCAAGGUCUCCAUGUUCCAACACUAUGCUCAUGUCGAAUGAUGCCUUUGCAGCCAUCUCACGCCUCUCUGCUGCAAAAAUCAAUAUUGAAUUUACCCAGAUAUGACCAUUAAUUCUAUUCAGAAGCCAUACCCCAUAUACUACUAAUUGAUAUCCUGACGUCACGUCAAUAGGUUGUUGUUGUUUAGUAGUAAGCAAGAUUUUGCUUCUUGGAGCCAAAGCAUUGAUCUAAUAAAAUACUUUUGACCUGUCCUGUUUCAAUCAUAAAUUGUAAUGCGUGCGUGCAUC